AUGGACGACAAAAGCGCUGUGCAACCUCGCUCGCAUGCGCCGACGUAUCCGGCAAGUCCUCUGAAGAAGCCGCCUGUGCCUGCAGCUCCAAACAGCGACAAAUCUUCUCAGUCUCUGCCCCACAACCAGGACAAGGACAAGGACCAGGACAACAACAGCACAAACAGCCUGCCUCUGCCUCUGCGACCGCGGAACCAGUCCCCCUAUACACGACCCCAUUUGCGCUCCAGAUCCCACGCCUCUGCGCUUGCUCCUCCCAUGGCGCCGCGAGCCCACUCACUACCUUCGGUCCACUCGGCUGGCCACCAAUAUUCUUCCUCACCUUCAGCCUCGCCAUUGCUGCGUCCAUCGAGCCCCAUGUCCUCCCUGUCUCCGCGACAGCCCUACUCACCAAACAUGCGCCCGACCUCUCCGUUCCGACCACGAUCUCCACUGGACGAGUCGGCCUACGCACAACAAUCUUCUUCCUACGAUGGAGCCUUCCAAAGCAUUUCCGAAGAUGCCGAGCUCAACAUCACCCCGCGAUCACUCCCCGACAACACAUCACAAACUGCCCCGUUCGGACGUUCCCUCUCCGUGCGCCGCCAACGACCAUCUUCCCCUCUGCAUUCGCUCACUCCUUCGGCUGCAACUUCUCGCUCAGUGUCUGCCACUUCUUCGCCCUCAGUACCUAGCGCCCGCUUUACCGAAAACUUUCCUCAACUACAUCACUACUCCAGCAAUUCUUCCUUUUCGAGCAUCUCUACCACACCAUCAUCCGCCCGCUCGAGAUCUCCCAGUAUUUCUUCCCUGGAGACCAUCGAAGACAAUCCCGAUUUAGAAUGGGAAGCCAUUGAGGCCGACCGUGCGGCCAAGCAGCGCGCUGCAGCAGAAGCAGAGGAACAAGGAGAUGACAACGAGCCUCGACGAAGGGGCAGUUUGGAUCUUCCAGGCCACAGAAGCGUCGGCUUCGGCUUUGGCAGAAGAGGCGGAGACGCUGGCCGGAAGAGAUGGAGCAUCUGCGGUGGUGAGAGGACAGUAGACCUUGACCUCGAAACCAUCUGGGAAGACUGA